AUGGCGGUGUCUGGCGGCAGAGACAGCUGUGUGAGGAAGAGACGUGUGGACAGCAGCAAAGCAGAGACUCACUCUGUUAACAGCAGUAAAGACCAUGGAGCAAACACAGACACAGACACGGAGAAAGAGAAGACGCUGCUGUCCUUACAGAGCGGGACUUACUGGCUCACUCGUAUCGUGCUGCUGCGUGCAGUUGCCUUUAUUUACUUUGUGGCAUUCAGCGUUGCUUACAACCAGAAUAAGCAGCUGAUAGGCGAGGAUGGACUGAUGCCCUGCAAGAACUACCUCAACAGCGUCAAGCGCUACGUGGGGGGGAAGAUAGGCAUGGCCGCUCUGGCGUACACGCCCUCCAUCCUCUGGUUCCUGGACUGGAGCCACAUGGAUGCCAACCUGGAUGGCAUAGCUCUGUUGGGGAUGGCGCUGUCUGGGUUUGUCCUGGUGACAGGAAUGGCCAACAUGGUGAUCAUGGUAGCGCUGUGGGUGCUUUACCACUCCCUGGUUAAUGUGGGGCAGCUGUGGUACUCCUUCGGUUGGGAGAGCCAGCUGUUGGAGACGGGCUUCCUGGCCAUUUUUCUGUGUCCGGUGUGGAGUCUGUCUCAGGUCCCCCGCCGCUGUCCCCCCUCCCUCAUCUGCAUCUGGACCUUCAGAUGGCUCAUUGUUCGCAUCAUGCUUGGAGCCGGUCUCAUUAAAAUCAGAGGCGACAAAUGCUGGAGAGACCUCACCUGCAUGGACUAUCACUAUGAGACCCAGCCUGUUCCUAACCCUGUGUCUUACUACUUGCAUCGGUCUCCGUGGUGGUUCCACCGUUUCGAGACGUUAUCAAACCACUUCAUCGAGCUCAUUGUUCCCUUCUUCACCUUCAUGGGCCGGCGGAUGCGCAUGGUCAACGGAGCGAUCCAGAUCCUGUUCCAGGUAGUCCUGAUAAUAAGCGGGAACCUCAGUUUUCUCAACUGGCUGACCAUUGUUCCCGGUCUGGCCUGUUUUGAUGAUGCAUCGCUGGGCUUCUUGUUUCGCUCUGGAAGUGGAGCCAAGAAGGCUGUGCUGGAGAUACAGAAUGAGGAUGCAGCUGGACGCACCCCCGAACCCAACAAAGGUAUGCUGAUACGUCGGGUGGUGAACAUGUCUUUGGGCGUUCUGAUUGGCUAUCUGAGCAUUCCCGUUGUGAUGAACCUGCUGAGCUCCACACAGGUGAUGAACACCUCCUUUGAUCCGCUGCGCAUCGUCAACACCUACGGGGCCUUUGGCAGCAUCACAAAGGAGCGUACUGAGGUGAUUUUCCAGGGCACUCUGAGUCAGGAUCCCAAGGAUCCAGAGGCGGUUUGGGAGGAGUACCAGUUCCUGUGUAAGCCAGGAGAUAUUUACCGGCAGCCGUGCCUCAUAUCACCCUACCACUACCGCCUGGACUGGCUUAUGUGGUUCGCUGCCUUCCAGACCUAUGAGCAGAGUGAAUGGGUGAUCCAUAUAGCAGGACGCCUGCUGGCCAAUGACACCACAGUCCUCUCCCUGCUCGACCACAACCCCUUCCAAGGUGGAGACCCUCCCAGGUGGGUUAGAGGCGAACAUUUCAGGUAUAAGUUCAGCAAGCCGGGCACUGACAGUGCAGCACAGGGUAAGUGGUGGCUGAGAAAACGUAUCGGAGCUUACUUCCCUCCGUUGGACCUGGAAGGACUCAGGGGCUACUUCCAGUCCAGGAACUGGCCACACCCACAUAUACGGCGUAAAAGGAACUAAAAGCAUGACCAUUGACAUGACCUCAGACUGCAGUACCAAGAGGUAAACAGAGAACUACAGAGGUUAUGCUUGAAAAGGGGAUACUGUAAGUUCAGUUUGAAUGGUGGAGUUGGAGACAGCUUGCCAGGACCAAGGAUGUGCCACCCUUACACUUAAAUAUGACUGUUGACUGCAAUUUCAUAAUUAAAACAGGUCCACCAAUCAGGAUGUAGCCAUCAAUUGUAUUUGCCCUUCUAUGCCCAAACCCCACCCACACAAAAAAAAACAACAUUUUUGUACUGUAUUGAUAAUUUGUCUCUACCUGAUAUCUGUACAUAUUGACACAAAGAUUAUUUUAGAUAUGCUGCUGUAUCUAACCAGUUUAGCUGUAGUUUAGAACAGGUUCAGCUAAACCUAAUUCUCACAUCAAGCCACACCAUCAAGCCUCAGUGCCAUUACCUGCUGUCAGAUCAUCUGUUGUGCCACUGUAGCCAAAGUGUCCAUCCUCUGUUCUUCCCUGUUUGGAUUUGUUUGCCGCCGAAUGCUUGCCAAUUGCUGACAUCUGCCUCAUUAUUCCUACCUUCUUGAUUGCUUGCAUCGGAACAUCUGGAUUUACAGUGCAGGAGGCUUAAGGCAGAGGUAAGGUGCAGAACUACCAGAUUGUUAUUUCACCAACAUAAAUGAUGUUGGUGAAAUACAUUUGGACAUGCCAGCUAUGAUGCUAAAUAUAGAAAUCUUGCAUUUUGUCAUCUGCACUGCCCUGAGUUUUCUCUGCCAACUUCCCCAUGGUGCAUCUUCAGUCAGGUAGCAGAGACCACUGUCAGCUACUUACACUCUGCUGACACCAACAAACAUUACAAGGUUAACUGGACAAAUACACACAGAAAUGGUAUCUGACAUCGAACUUAACAAUUCUGAUUACCCACAAAAUAAUAAAACAUAAGGUAAUUAGGAUACCAUUAAGCCAUGCCAUGCUCUUCCAUAUCCAAUAUGGACACGUUGCCUCUUCUUUUCCCUUUUCUCUUCUUGUUGACUUUUUUAUGCUGCAGCUAAGCAUUUUUUUCAUAUGCAGUCACCCAAAGACAGCCCCGAAUGAACAAUAACAGUUCAACCUUUCAUUGAUGCUGAGAUAAAUCAUUAUAUUUUCUUGUGUUUAAUGAUGUGAACAUAAAGUAUCUAUGGAGCCAGUUUGUCUCAUUGGUUACCAGAUUUCUUUACUGGACUAGUCUUUCUCAUCUGUGGGGCUGUUUCUCUUCUUUUUGCCACCCUGAGGUUCCUCUAGGUGAAGAUUUAGGUCUUUAGAUUCAUAGUCAUGAAAGAUAGAAAAAAAUAACAGUUAAACUUUUAACACUUCUCUGAUGAAAAGCAGACCUCAAAUCAAAUUUAGUUUGGGUUUGUAUGUUCAUUAUCACAUGCAUAUCAAUUUUCCUCAAAUCAUCUGAAGUUUUAACUGUGAAACAAAGUUAUUUCAAUGUAGUUAUUUUUUGGAUAAUUUUGUAAUCCAUUUAACUGUCCUGCCUGAGUCUGGAUGCUUUGUGACAGUUUAUACUAACAUCAUAUGUUAACACAGACUAUUAGCUUCAACCUCGACAGGUAUGUGUUGUGUUUAAGGAAUAAGGGACCAUUUAAAGAACAAUUUACAAUCGUUUUACUGUAUUUGUUUGUUAUUUGUGGGAGAAAGCAGGAAAAUGACAUCAAAUUAUGUCAUUUAUAUUUUUUACAGCAUUUUGGUGCCAUUUUUGCAGCAACAACUAGAUUUUGAACAACUCGGGCUUUAGUUAUCUUAGUGGGAAAAUAAACCUAAGCUUUUACUACAGCAUGUAUUUAAUGCUAUAUUUUGGUGAAGAAAACCCCUGUAAAUACAAAUUGAUAAUAUAUUAUAAUGCUUGUAGGCUACUGGUCUUUAUAAUGAAAGAGAAAGUGAUUAAACUAUACAGAUAUAGGCUGGUAAAUCAUCAAAAGUAAUGCUUUUAUUCUGUUAGGAGUAAAAAUGUGGUAUCAUGUCGGCCUGUUUGUUUCAUGCCAAUUUUCUGGUUUUUAUUAGUUUAUAAAUCUUUAAUUUUUAAUUAUGAUAUUAUUAGUCCUUGUUCCAGAUGUGAACACUGUGCAUUUGUAAUUCGGGCCCCUUACAGAGUUCACUGUUGUACAAAGUGUUAGUUUGAAAAUGUGACUCAAAACACUGUUGCAAAAAACCUGUCUUAAAUGAAUAAAUCUUCUGUCUUCCAUGCUGAAACAGUUUGGUCUGGUUUAGUUGAUUGUCAAUGGAUGUCAAGGGGGAAAACAUGGUUGAUGGAGGUCAACUUUGAAAAAUUAGGGUUUGUUUUCUUAAUUCGCUCAUAUGGAGUUUUUCUUUUUAAAUGAUGAUCAUAUGUAAAGGAUGGAAAUCUGCAACCAGCACUGAUCAUCUAUCAGCCACUUCUAUUCAUCCAAUGAGAUCUGCAUUCAGUCUUCU